CCUCGAGGUACUUAUAUAAACACGUUCCUGACGCAACCCUUACCCCAUUCAUCCAACUCAUCAUCUUUCCAACUACUCUCGUCUCAACCCGCAAUCAUGUCCAUCUUCAAGACCGUCGACAAACCCCCCAGCCUGUUGGGCUACCACCGCCUCCUCUCCCCCACCGCGGGCGUGCGAGUAUCGCCACUAUGCCUCGGCGCCAUGAACUUCGGCACCAAUUGGGAGUCCUUCACCGGCGAGUGCAGCAAGGAGACCGCCUUCGCCAUCCUCGACUACUUCUACGAGCAGGGCGGCAACUUCAUCGACACCGCCAACAACUACCAAGGCGAGCAGUCCGAGCAAUGGCUCGGCGAGUGGAUCAAGGCGCGCGGCAACCGCGAUGAGCUCGUCCUCGCCACCAAGUUCACCACCGGCUACCGCACCAUCGGUGCGCACGAGAAGAUCAAGUCCAACUUCUCCGGCAACCACGCCAAGAGCCUCAAGCUCUCCGUCGAAGCCAGUCUCAAGAAGCUCGGCACCGACUACAUCGACCUGCUCUGGCUGCACUGGUGGGACUUCUCCACCAGCAUCCCCGAGCUCAUGAACAGCCUGCACCACCUUGUCGCCGCCGGUAAGGUCCUCUACCUCGGCAUCUCCGACACCCCGGCCUGGGUGGUCGUCAAGUGCAACGACUACGCUCGCUUCCACGGCCUCACCCAGUUCUGCGUCUACCAGGGCAAAUGGUCGGCCGCCGAGCGCGACUUCGAAAGAGAUAUCCUCCCCAUGGUGCACGAGGAGGGCAUGGGCCUGUGCCCGUGGGGCGCUCUCGGCCAGGGCAAGCUCAAGUCGCGCGAGGCCUUCAAGAACCGCACAGAAGGCCGCGCCGUCGGCUCCGAGCAGCCCGAGCACUUCGCCCGCAUCGCCGGCGUGAUGGAGGACAUUGCCAAAACAAAAGGCAAAGACAUCCCCGUCACGAGCAUCGCGCUCGCAUACGUCAUGCACAAAGCGCCGUACGUCUUCCCCAUCGUCGGCGGCCGCAAAAUCGAGCAUCUCAAGGGCAACAUCGAGGCGCUGAGCAUCUCGCUGUCGGACGACGAGAUCGACAAGAUCGACGCCGCCGAGCCCUUCGAUCUCGGCUUCCCCAUGAACUUCUUGUUUGAGUUCACGGGCGGCAAGUACAAGACGAGCGCCACGGCCGAGGAUGUCGGGCUCACCACUGUCAACACUGCUUUGGAGAGCGUGCCGAAGCCGAAGCCCAUUACGCCGGGCCAGGGGCAGAGGAAGAUUCACUCAUCAUAAUUGGGAAAGAAUAAAAGAAAUAGUAUACUAUAGAUAGUACAUCUGGAAAACGUUCAGGUCUAUGCUGCAAACUUCGAUUCUCGAAAGACCAGUCGCAGAGUGUGAAUUCUAAUCGUCGAGUCUGAUGUUCAAAAGCCUCAAUAUACUCACGUUGCA